UUACUAGAUGGAAGCAGAAGAGGCUGCUGCCAAGACAUCAGAGGUGAGCGUGGCGGACUUGCCGUCCAGCUAUCACAAUGAGACCAACACGGAAACCAAGGUGGGAAACAAUACCAUCCACGUGCACCGAGAAAUUCACAAGGUCACUAACAACCAGACCGGACGAACGGUCUUCUCAGAGACGGUCAUCACGUCGAUGGGAGACGAAGAAGGCAAAAGGAGCCACGAGUGCAUCAUCGACGAGGACUGCGGGCCCACCAGGUAUUGCCAGUUUGCCAGCUUUGAGUACACCUGCCAGCCUUGCCGGGACCAGCAGACACUCUGUACCCGGGACAGCGAGUGCUGUGGAGACCAGCUGUGUGUUUGGGGUCACUGCACCAACACAGCCACCAGAGGAGGCAACGGGACCAUCUGUGACAACCAGAGGGACUGCCAGCCUGGGCUGUGCUGUGCCUUCCAGAGAGGUCUGCUGUUUCCUGUGUGCACACCCCUGCCUGUGGAGGGUGAGCUGUGCCAUGACCCCGCCAGCCGGCUUCUGGACCUCAUCACCUGGGAGUUAGAGCCUGAUGGAGCUUUGGACCGAUGCCCGUGUGCCAGUGGCCUUCUCUGCCAGCCCCACAGCCACAGCCUGGUGUACGUGUGCAAGCCGGCCUUCCCUGGGAGCCCUGCAGAGGACGGAGAGAGCCUGGUGCCCAGAGGGGCCCCCGACGAGUACGAAGACGGCAGCUUCAUCGAAGCGGUGCGCCAGGAGCUGGAGAACCUGGAGAGGAGCCUGUCUGUGGAGAUGGCGCUCGGGGAGCCCGGUGCUGCCUCUGAGCUGCUGGAAGGAGAAGAGAUUUAGACGGAGGCCUGUAUGCGGGUAGACUGUGAUAGAAAUAGCUAAUUUAUUUCCCCAGCUGUGUCCUCUAGGUGUGGGCUUACCGGGCUUUUUUCCAUGGCCUCUUCCCAGUACAUUUUCCCUCUGGCUUAAAACAAAAUGAGGUGCUGCGCAUUUGGCCAGCUCCCCCGGACUGCACACCAUCCAUCCCGGUUCCAGCGCCUGGGGAAGAGGGGGUGUGUGGGAGGGCGGCUGAACUGGUCCAGGUUAUUGUCCGCUUUGCCUCUGCUGGUUUGCACCUGGCACAUUUCCUUUUUCCUACAUCACCUUGAGAAUCGUAGGAGGGCAGGGGAUGGGAAAGCAUGCAGAUUUCCCCAUGACGGGUUUUGGGGAAAUGUGGACUCUUCUCCAUGUGGAGAAGACUGCCCUGCUUUGCAAACAUAAGCCUGGUGAAACAAAUGAAUUUUCCAUGUACUUCUUCCCAUGGGCGCAGGCAAGCUGUGCCUUCCGCUGCUGCAGGUGACGUGUUCUGCUCAUCUGUGGUAUGUGUCCCUGUCCUGUCAGCAGUGUUCCUCGGCUUCUACCUCUGUGCCAGGCAGCAGUUUCAUACCCUUCACCACAGUCUGGCAAGGGGAGGGUGGCGGUCUCCCCGUCUGUCAGCAUCUUGGAGUCUCGGAGACUCAGGUUGCUUGCCCGAGUCACACAGCUCGUGAAGACCAGAGCAGGAUUUCUCCUAGGUGUGAUUCCGAGCGCAUGCUUUCCCUACCCCUCCCUGCCAGCCGCAGUGCCACCGACAGGACCCUCUAAAAGGAGGAUGGAUGGAAAUUUUUCUUUCGAGGCAUAUUUGGAAUUAAGGUCAAUCUAGUUCACUGUAAGAUUACACUUCUGUUAGACAUAGCAUUCUCCCUAGUGCCAUCGUUCUAAUAGAGGAACAAAUGGUAUUGACACUGUCCCCCUAUGGCAGUUAGUUAUGGUAGUGACUUGGAAGUUACAGGAUUCGUGCAGAAUAUAUACGUUAACUUGCCAGAAACAGUACUUAAGUAAUUGUAGGGCCAGGAUUAUAAAUGAAAUUUGCAAAAUCACUUACCAGCAACUGAAGACCAUUAUCAACCACAUGGAGAAAAUCAAACAAAGCAAGGCUCUAUGAAAUAUGGUUGUAAUAUCCAAACUGAGAGCACUGGACUGUAUGCUAUUCCGUAAGUGAUAUUUUCAGAUGCCAUGGACUGUUUCUAUCACGUAUUCAUCCAGAGUUACUAAAUUUUAAAAAUUGCACGAUUGUACAAGCAUGCUUUGAGUUUUAAAUUAUGUAUAAACACCUUUGUUGCACUUAAAAAUCAAGCAUAAAUCACUUAAGCUAUUC